ACUCCAGAUGAAAACACCUGAUGGCUGCACUGACCUGGAGAUUCCAGCAGGGGUCAGCCUUGUGCCUUCCUCCUGCCGCGGGCUGCAGUACAUGCCUGGGGAAGGGCUGCAUCUGAGGCUGCAGGCGCGGGCCGAUCUCAGCACAAAGCAGAUUUCUCUGUUUAAUCAAAACUCACACGUCCAAGGAUGUUACACAUUUCAUUGCCAAUCCUGCGGUGAAGUCAUAAUAAGGGACAGGAAGCUCCUGAGGGUGCUGCCACUGCCGUGUGAGAACUGGGGAGCUCUCGUUGGAGAAUGGUGCUGUCAUCCUGACCCUUUUGCAAAUAAGCCACUUCAUCCAAGAGAGAAUGACUGUUUUAUUGGAGACUCUUUCUUCUUGGUGAAUUUAAGAAGUGAUUUGUGGCAGGAACCAAAGGCAAAUACCAAAGUAAUUUGUAAGCGUUGCAAGGUAGUACUGGGAGAGACCAUGUCAUUAGAAACCACAAAAUUUUAUAUGACUGAGAUAAUAAUACAGCCAUCUGGGAGAAGUUUUCCCAUUUUUCCAAGGUCUCAGUUUGUCCAGAGUGUUGUCGCCCAGUAUCUGGUGGAGCUCUCCUCGGCCAGAAGCACGUUUAGAUUGACAGUUCAAGAUCUAGAAGGCAAAGUGUACAUAUUGCUUUGGCUUUUAAACUCUGAUAGUUUGGUGAUUGACUAUUUGAGAAAUCCUGAAAGUAUCAGAAAAUUCCCCUUUUUGGAAGACGCAUCAACAAAUUCCCUUUCUGCCUGGAAUGCUGUCAAGGUCCUUUACCAGCCAUGUGUCAAAAAUAAGAAUGAAAAGCUUGCCAGCUCAUGGGAAAGUGACAUCAGUGUCCACUCACUGACCCUGCCCUGUGCCACUUGUUUAGAACUGCUGUUGAUACUCUCAAGGAGUAACGCUACGCUCCCACCUUCUCUUCGCCAUAUGAAUUCCUUUCAGGUGGCCUUUCUGAAGAUGUAGCUGUUAGAGCUGAGACAUUCUUCUCCCAGCAGACAGCUCUCCAACAUAGAGCAUACUGAAGGUCUGCAGUCAGCACAGUGGGCAUCAACUACAAAGACAAAAACCAGUGCUACAGAAUGAAACCGUCACCUUGAAGUUUUGAGUUUACUUGCUUGCAUAUGUUCUUUCUAAGAGAAGAGUUAACCGAACAUCUUUGAAAGCCCGGAGCUGUGAAGAAAGUCAUAGUAGCAGAUUGUCAGCAGGUUGAGAUAAGUAUAGAUGUUACAUCAUUACUUCCCACAGAGAGGAAUAUUCAAAUAUGUGCUGUGUCAGCACCACCUGGAAGGAUAUUAGCUAAUGGAGACCCAUCUGUCCUGGUUAGAAGGCAGCGAGGAGCUUGCUGGUGGAACUAAAUGUUAACUGUUGUAAAUCCUGAGACAUAAACUUUGAUAGAGCAUUUCAAUUUUGCUGAAAACACAUCUUAAAAAAUUGAAAGUUUAAACUUUUUAUACCUUAUUCGCAGAAAAUGCUCAGUGGAUGCUUGUGGCAUGAGUGAUCAUCUAAUUAAAGAUUUGCCCUUAUUUACA